AUGAAAGUACAGAAAAAAGAGUGCAUUGGCCACGUUCAAAAACGUAUGAGUUCUCGCUUGAGAGCGCUCGUCAAGUCAAAGAAAGGUUUAGGUGGCCGAGGUAAAUUAACUGGAAAUUUGAUUGACGAGCUUAGUAAGUACUACGGCUUGGCGAUCUGUCGAAAUGCGCAUUCGUCUGUAGACAAUAUGAAGAAAGAUAUUUGGUGCACGUUGUCUCAUAAAAUGUCUACCGAUGAGAAGCCGCAUCACGAAAACUGUCCCACCGGCACGGACUCGUGGUGUAAAUGGCAACGAGCGAAAGCCGAAGGCACGUUGGAUGAGUUCACGCAUAGUAAACCUCUCAGUGAUGAGGUUUAUGAAACUAUCAAACCUAUAUACGAAGAUCUUAGCAAGGAUGAAUUAUUGGAUCGCCGCCUGGGAGGUUUCACUCAAAACAGCAAUGAAAGCUUCAAUGCUCUCCUUUGGUCCAUGGCGCCAAAGAAUGUUUCGAGCGGAUUAUCUACACUCUCUCUUUGCUCUGACCUUGCUGUGUGCAUCUUCAAUGAUGGAAUUUUAAGCGUUAUGGAGGUGAUGACAGUAUUAGAUAUGACAAUUAGAGAAAACUGCUACAAUUACUGCAUGGAGUUCGACGAAACACGUAUCGCACUCUCGGAGCGCUCAUUGACUGACGCGGCGAGAGAGGCUCGAUUGAGUUUGAGAACGUCGAGGACUAAAGAAGAACGAGAGAAUGCCAACUUGGAAGGAGAACUUUAUGGCCCUGGUAUCGCUAACUAA